UUAUUUAUUAAUUAUUUAUCAUUUUAUCAUUUAUCAUAGAACAAUAUAUUAUUUUGAAUAAUAUUAUGAGGUACCUAUAAUAAAUAAUUAUUAAAAUUUAUAAUUAUCUUUUCUGCAUCAUGAUUGGGUAGUGAUCAUAGAAAAGCAAUUUAACAAAUUAAUACGUGUCCGUGUUGUGUAACAAAUUUUAAACCAUGGAAUCCGUAACUACAAGGGUGAACGAUGAGAGACGAAAAAUGGUAUAUGUUGGUGAUUUACCUAAUGACUUUUUACGGCUAGAUGUAGCUCCUGUAGAUGAUUCUACUAAUAGAUUACAACAAGAGGCUGCUGACCAACAAGCUGCUAUGGCUCUACAACAAUCAUUGUCUUGUAUGCAAGAUCGUGAUAGAAAUAGAUUAAAUAUUACAAUUGUACAAGCACGGCUAGUCAAAAACUAUGGUUUAACCAGAAUGGAUCCAUAUGUACGACUUAGAGUUGGGCAUUGUGUAUAUGAAACUCAAACAGAUCCUAAUGGCGGUAAAACACCUAAAUGGCAUAAAACUGUUCAAACACUUCCACAAGAAGGUGUUAAUCAUAUUAAUGUAGAAAUAUUUGAUGAAUGUUCUUUUAAAAUGGAUGAACUUAUUGCUUGGACAACAAUACCAAUUCCUAAUCAAAUUUAUAAGGGGGUUACAAUAGAACAGUGGUACAAUCUUACUGGUAAACAAGGGCCAAAUAAUGAAGGAACUAUCAAUAUAAUUAUAAGUUAUGGGACUCCACCUAGUUUGGGCUUAACAAGUUCAGUUAUGAUGUUACCACAAAUGCCAAAAUUCAACAAUUCGAGUGCCAGUUUAACUCCUAUUUAUAUUCAACCUUCAGCACCACAAGUGCCAACUCUUAGUGCAGAAGACUUAAAACAAAUUCAAGACAUGUUCCCAAAUAUGGAUAAAGAAACAGUGAAGACUGUUUUUGAAGCCAACAAUGGCAACAAAGAUCUUACUGUUAAUUCCUUACUCCAAUUGGUCGAUUAAAUGUUUGUUAAACAAUUAAGAUUUUACAUAAUAAUUAUAUAUGAGUGCCAUUUUAGCAAUUUGGCAGCAUUAUUAAAAGGUAUCAGAUAAUUACCUAUAAUGGGUACUAAACCCUAAUUCAUUUUCACUUGCUUUAAUUAAUAAAUCUAAUGUAAACAAUUAUUUAGUCAAUUUGUCCUUAAUUCAUUUAUGUGUUAACUGAAAUCCCAUAAACAUAUAUAACACACUAGUUAUUUAUCUAUUAGUAGUUUAUAUUUAUAUUAUAUGUAUUAAUUAGAUUGUUUUUCAACUAUUUAUUAAUAAUACUAAUCUUUUAUCAUUUUAUUUUGUUCUGUUAUUGUUAUUUAAAAUUAUUUAUGUUGUGUACAUGUUUAUAUUUUUCAAAAUAACAGAUUAAAUAAUUUUAUUAAAUUUAUUAAUACUUACACAUUCCUAAUUUUUAAAUAAAAAAAUUUGUGUAUUUGAUAUAAUAAAAUAGAAAUAUUGUUUUCAUCUUAACUAUUACAUAGCCAUAUAGGUAUUAUCAAUUUAUAUUAAUUAUACAAAUAUUUAAAAGAUAAUUACUUACCUACAUAACUCUGUUUUUGUAUAAUUAGAAAAUAGAUAUUUAGUUUUCAAAUUAUCACAUUCUGUAUUUUUUAAUAUAAUGAUAUAAUAAAUUUAAAAAGUAAUGUUACUUUACUCUUAAUAUUUAAGAGUAAGAUAUUUUUAUAAAAUAUAUGUAUUUGAAUUUUUAGAUAUUUAUAGUACAAGUACACUAAAUAAAUGAAAUAAUACAUAAAAAUAUUUCCAAUGAUUCUAGUUUUAUUCCUUUAUCAAACUAUGAAAAUAAAAAUUUAGAAAGCUAUCAUUAAAAUAUACCUCAAGAUAAAUAGAAUUUUAAAUGUUAUUCAUAAGUGUAAACAUUUUAAAAAUUAUUACAUAAAUAACAUAUUUUUUUAUUUUUAUUAUAUUUCACAUUUUCACUCAAUAUGUAAACAAUUUAAUUAUUACAAGUAUCAGUGAUGAUUUAUAUUAAGCAGUUAAUAGUAUUAAGUAAAGAAAACAUUAAUUUAAUUCGAAUUAAAUUAAAAUAAAUUUCCUUUUUUUUUAUAAAAUGUUAUAGAGAUAAAUUUGAUACUAACAUCUAAUUCUUCCGGGUUUUAAAAUUAUCAAAAAAUUUAAAUACAUUGUUUUCUUUAUUAUUUUUUUAAUUUGUGCAGCAUUUUUUAUAAUUUAUUUUUUUGCUUUUUAGAAGUGAAUUAAUAUCAUUAUGCACCAAAAUAUGCUUUGUAAUAUUUUUUAUGAAAAAUUAAUUUCUAUAUUAUAUUAUAACGUUUUAUAUGAAUAUAUGUUUUAUUUUACUUUAAAUAUAA